AUGGACUUCGAAGACUCGUCCUUGUCUGGUUGGAUAAUUCAGGGCCCUCUACUCAUGCAAGCCGUGCUGUCUCCAAUAAUUGGCCGUCUGUCGGAUAUCCUUGAUCGUAAAUACCUCGCUUCGAUUCCACCACUGAUAGCCUUCGUCGGUUGCAUCAUCUGCGCGAAAGCCACAUCGAUGAACAUGUUGAUUGGUGGCAGUAUUCUGGUUGGAGUCACCCUAUCGACUAUAGCCAUCGUCCAGUCUAUUCCAUCUGAGAUUCUUCCCCUAAAAUAUCGUGCUGUGGCAAACGGAAUUGCUUUCUUGGGAGGUGCAUCUGCGGGAAUUAUCGGCCAACUCAGCGCAGGAGCGUACAGUAAUAUGAGCUCCAGCGGCUGGCGCUACAUCUUCUGGACGCAAGGCGCAUUCCACUUGACAUCCGCCCUCGGCUUCCUCCUCUUCUACUGGCCACCCCGUCACAGCGACUUCCCGCGCAUGAAGCUGUCAGAAUAUAUCUGGGCGUGCGACCCCAUCGGCUCAGUCCUCUUCAUCGGAAGCUCCACCACGAUCCUCCUCGCCCUCGACUGGGCAGCGGGCACAUACCCCUGGUCUGACGCGCACGUCAUAGCUCCCCUGGUCAUAGGCUGCGUACUCCUCAUCAUAUUCUGCAUCUACGAAUGGCGCGCCCGCACCGACGGCCUCCUCGCCCACGUCUUCUUCCGCUCAGGCCGCAACUUCCCCCUCUCCGUCACCGCCUUCACCGUCGAAGGCUACCUCUUCUACUCGGCCGUGACGGCCAUAACACCGCAACUGAUCCUCCACCUCGCCUGGUCCACGACGCCCUGGACCAUCGCAGUCCGACAACUCAGCUACCUGCUCCCCGUCUUCUUCGCCAGCAUCCCCAUCACGUGGUACAGCACGCGGUACCGCGACAUCCGCUCGCCGCUGGUCCUGUGCUUCGCGCUGUUCCUGGCCGUGACCAUCGCGUACGCGUGCGUCGCGCCGCAUUGGAGCGACGCGCAGUACGGCCUCAACGUGCUGUGCGCCGUGGGCCAGGCCGGCCCGCUGACGCUGCUCGUCGCGGCGGUGCAGUUCAGCGCGCCGCACCAGUUCCUGUCGACGGCGACGGGGCUGGCUUUUUCGGCGCGCGCGAUUGGUGGGGCUGUGGGCUCGGCGGUGCUGGAUGCGAUUGUCAAGGGGUACAUGACCGCGCAUUACGAUGGCGCCGUGGCGCGGGCGGCAGAGGAGGCGGGGAUGGGCGCGGGGUUGGUGGAGAUGGUCGUGGCGGCGAUGGCGGAGGGCGAGGGCGCGACGAGCGUGGAGGCGUUGGGCGAGGUCGUGGCCGGGCAGGUGGGGAGACGGGCGUUGGAGAGCGUUGUGGCCGAGGGGCGGUGGGUGUGGGCUAGGGCGUAUCGGCUGGCGUGGGCGAGUGUGAUACCGUUCACUGUGAUUGCGUUGGUGUGUGUGGCGUUUUUGCAGGGGGUGGGAGAGCUGAUGACUGAGCAUGUGGAGGCGACGGUGGAGAGGGCGCGAGGGGUGGAUGAAGAGAAGAAGGCUGAGAGGGAGUAG